GCAGCCUAAGUUUGUGAAUCUCUACGUAACUAAGUUACAAGCUGGGUGGGCACAACCAUUGUGCUACAUGCUACCCUCAUCCUGGUCACUGCUACUGCUGUGACAGUCCAGGCCAAAAAGAUGGAUAAACUGCUCUUUUGGGUUUCUGUCCUCACCAGCCUCCUGGAAGCCAUUGCCCAAACAAACAUGACUGGGAAGGUGUUUAUUUUUCCUGAAGAAUCGAAUAGUGCUCACGUGAGCGUGACUACACAGCUGGAGAAACCUCUGCAGAACUUCACUGUAUGUCUUCGUGCUUAUACGGACCUCUCCCAUGGCUACAGCCUCUUCUCCUAUAGCAUCCAGACCCAGAGCAACGAGAUGGUCAUUUUUAAGUCUCAAAUUGGAGAGUACAACCUUAUCAUUGGGGGUGACAAAGUUUUCUUCAAGGUCUAUGAAAAUUUCCCCACCCCAGCGCACAUCUGUGCUAGCUGGGAGUCCUCCUCGGGUAUUGCUGAGUUCUGGGUCAAUGGGAAGCCUUUGGUGAGGAAAGGGUUUAGGCAGGGUUACUCUGUGGGAGCUCACCCCAAGAUUGUUCUGGGGCAGAAACAGCAUUCCUAUAGAGGCAAGUUUGUUAAGAGCCAGUCCUUUGUGGGAGAGAUUGGAGAUGUGUACAUGUGGGACUCUGUGCUGUCCCCAGAAGAGAUCUGGUUUGCGUAUCAAGGUAUCCACAUUGAACCCAAUAUUCUGGACUGGCAGGCACUGAACUAUACAAUGCAAGGUUAUGUGGUCACCAAGCCCCUUAAAUGGAGUUGAAAUUCUACUUCAAUAGGACAAAGUGACUGGGAAGGAAAUCACCAACAUGAAAGACAAUUCUACUUCAUGCCCUAUGGCUAUUUCUCUGUUUUCUUUGAAUUUCCUAUCUACUGAGCUGCUUAAUUUACAAUAAAAGUACAAUGUCUCCUA